AUGCUAAACGUAUGCAAUAUUUUUCUUCUAUCUAUCUAUCUAUCUAUCUAUCUAUCUAUCUAUCUAUCUAUCUAUCUUUCUCGCUCUCUCUCGCUUUUCCUCUCUCUCUCUCUCUCUCUCUCUCUCUCUCUAUGUGUCUCUCUUGAUCUCUACUGCUUUUCCUCUCUUUCUCUAUGUAUAUCUCUCUCCUUCAUCCUUUUGCUUUCUCUCUCUUUACCGCUUUUCUUCCCCGUCUCUCUCUCUCUCUCUCUCUUUAUUUCUCUUUUCUUUCUCCCUCUCACUUUUGCUCUCUCCAUAUAUGCGUUAAAAUGUACCUCUUUCUCCCUCUCUCUCUCUUUCUCGCUCUCUCUCUCUCUCUCUCUCUCUCUCUCUCUAUCUCUCUAUCUAUCUCUCACUCACACAUGCUCUAUAUUCAUUUUAUACAUCUUUACGUUUUCGUUUUUAUACUUCGUCUCUGUCUCUCGGUCUGUUUGCCUCUCGGUCUGUCUGCCUCUCUUUCUCUAUCUUUUUCUUUCUUUCUUUCUUUCUUUCUUUCUAUCUUUCUUUCUUUCUUUCUAUCUUUCCGUCUUGAUUUCCUAUAUUUUCUUUAUUUUUUCGUUUUUGUUCUGUACAUGUUUUCUCUCUCUCUCUCUCUCUCUCUCUCUCUCUCUCACACACACACACACAUACACACUCAUUUACUCUCUCUCUCUCUCUCUCUCUCUCUCUCUCUCCCCUUCUAUCUCGCUAUCUCAGUUUUUAUUUCUAUCUAACUUUCAUAAUUCUUGCUUUCUCUUUCUUCUACAUUUCAUGUAUUUCCUUUACUUUUUAUUCUUUUUUCUUGCUCUCUCUUUCUAUCUUCUCUCUCUCUCUUUCUCUCUCUCUCUCUCUCUAUCUAUCUAUCUAUCUAUCUAUCUAUUUAUUUCUCUUUAUCUGCCUACCUAUCUUAUUUUCUCUUUCACUUCAGAGAUUUUAUUUCCCUUUUCUUUCUAUUUUGGCUGGUCGUUAUUCUCUCACGUUUUCCUCUUUUAA